UGAAAAUAUUUAUAUUAUAUGUAUAUGUAUAGUUUCUUCCUCUUAGUCUGCAUGAGCCUAUUUGAACACAACAAUGCCAAAAACAAAGGCCGUAACACAUGCAGAUCUUGCUCCAAGCCAUGGAAGCACCUAUUUGGGGAGCAAAGUUGGUGUCGUCCUCAUAAUUUUGACCAUUCUAUGUGGUUUACUAUGCUUCAUUCUCUGUCUAAUUUCAGAGGCCACUCGUUCAGAGAUGACAUGGAUAGACACUGGUAGAGACAAAGGUUCAGAAGGCAAUAACUAUGAAUGUGUAUAUAGUGGAAGUGGGAGAACGCCUCUGCUUUGCGCUGCCGUUGCUUUUGUGGGAUUAGCUCUUGCCAUGACGAUUGAGCACAUAUUCAUGUUGAUUGCAGUCAGUAAGCUUCCACCUUCUGCUGUGGCCACAUUCGACCCAGAUUUUGGCACUGCAAAGAAUUUGACAUGCCAAGCCGGGUUCUUCUUUGUCACAACAUGGAUUUGUUUUGCUGUGGGGGAAAUCCUGUUGCUGAUUGGAUUGAGCAUUGAAUCUGGGCAUUUGAAGAAUUGGUCAAAACCAAGAGCCAGUUGCCUUGUGAUCAGAGAAGGAUUAUUCUCUGCAGCUGGAGUUCUUGCCUUGACAUCAGUUUUCCUUGCUGCUGGAUUGUACUUGACGGCUUUGAAGGCACAAAAGAUAGCCCAAGAAAAUGAAAAUAUGAGAUUACGGAUUCUUGAGACCUCUGCACUCUAUGCAUCCCCACCAAGGUCACCAACUAUUCAUCCUAUGACUGCCAUUGACAGAGAGAAUCCCAUAUUCAGAGAUGACCCCAUUGAGCACACUAGUGCUUUUGUUUUUCCAUUGUCUUAUAGUAAGGAUCCAAAUUUAGUGUAAAAAAAUCACAAGAGAAUCAGAAGUACAUAUUUCUGUACAUAAUUUUUAUGUCACUCCAACAGGCUCUUGUUCUUGUUUGAAUUCUGUUCACAAGUAUUUGGUUUUAACUGUGACUUUUUCAAACCCCCCCAAGUUUAUUUUCUUUAAUAAAGAAAGGUAAAUAACCAAACUGUUGAUUCACACAA